AUGCUGGCCGUCCUCCUCCUCUUGCCUAUUGCGUUUGCUCUGAGCGUGCGCGAGAUACCCGACACACCAAUUCCGAUGAUCCCAGACGCCCCGCCCCGUAACGUGACGACCUUUGUGUUCCCGACUGCCCGCGAUUGGUUCACCCUCAACGAGACAAACUAUAUUGUCUGGGAUUGGGUCCAGGACAACUCGCCCGAUCUCCGGGUCAUCCUAGACCGGCCGGACGGAGAUGUGGUGAUGCUCCGUGGUCCCCUGAUUCUUAACGAUAAAAUCCCGGCAAACAUGUUCGGCAUGACGUAUAACGGGUCUCUCCCCGCCGUCGCUGGGAACGGAUACAGGCUUCGCCUGCACGACUUUGCCAAUGAUACUAUCGUAUAUGCCUCGUCGGAGAAUUUCGAGAUCAAGGUCGCGGGUUCGCAUCACAUCGCCCCCAUGCCGUGGGGCGUCCCCAUGACCACGACGGGUAGUAGCGGCGUGCGGAUGGGGAGCGGCGCUGGUAUGGGGUUGGGGGUGGUGGGGCUGCUUGUGGCCCUGCUUUAA